GCAUUUCACACCUCGAUAAGACUGGAGAAGAGAAGAGAAGAGAAGAGAAGAGAAGAGGUUGCAGCAGGUGUUCGUUUUGGUUAUAGGCUUUGAGCGAUAUGUCGAGCGAAAGACCUUUUGUUGAGCUCUGUAAAGGCAUUAAUGGCCUCGACAAGGUCGUUCUUAGAGAGGUUCGCGGGAGUUCUGCAGAGGUUUAUUUGUAUGGGGGUCAAGUGACAUCUUGGAAGAAUGACCAUGGGGAAGAAUUGCUUUGCCUGAGUAGUAAGGCUGUUUUCAAGCCUCCAAAGGCAAUACGUGGAGGUAUUCCAAUAUGCUUUCCUCAGUUUGGAACUCAUGGAACUCUUGAGCAACAUGGAUUUGCGAGGAACAAGUUUUGGAGCAUUGACACUGAUCCACAUCCUUUUCUCACGAAUAGCUCCAGCAAAGCUUUUAUUGAUUUGAUCCUUAAGUCAUCUGAUGAGGAUUUUAAGCUUUGGCCUCACAGCUAUGAGUUCCGUCUAAGAGUUGCCUUGGGACCUGGAGGAGAUCUGAUGUUAACAUCCCGCAUCAGAAACACCAAUACUGAUGGAAAACCAUUUACAUUCACAUUCGCGUAUCACACCUAUUUCUCGGUUUCUGAUAUAAGUGAAGUUCGGGUAGAAGGAUUGGAGACACUUGAUUAUCUGGAUAACCUGCGAGAUAGGGAGCGAUUCACUGAACAAGGAGAUGCUAUAACAUUUGAAGGAGAAGUGGACAAAGUAUAUGUCAGUACACCAACAAAGAUUGCAAUUCUGGACCAUGAAAAGAAGAGAACAUUUGUUCUGCGCAAAGACGGUCUUCCAGAUGCUGUUGUGUGGAAUCCUUGGGAUAGGAAGGCAAAGGCCAUCCCUGAUCUUGGGGAUGAUGAUUACAAGCAUAUGCUGUGCGUGGAGGCUGCAGCUGUGGAGAAGCCCAUCACCCUGAAACCCGGGGAAGAGUGGAGAGGAAGGCAAGAGCUCUCUGCAGUUCCUUCGAGUUAUUGCAGUGGGCAACUGGAUCCUCAGAAGGUUCUGGAGGGCAGUUGAAAGAUAUCAAUCUUUCUGGUGGAUCUGUACAGGUGCUUCUGUUGCAUUCUGGGAAUGAUGCUUGUUGAUGUUGAAUUCGAGUUAGGAUUUUUUUCGCCGGCUGUUGAAUUCAUUACGCUAACUUUCUAUCAAAUAAUGAUGCUUUCCAUAGGAAACUAUUUCAUAGCAUGUCAAAGCGGGGGACCACAAAAACCAAUG